AUGCCGAAAGAGAAGAAUUACAAUCCUGUUCAGGCUCAGCGCAAAGCUGAUAAAGCCAAGGCUCUCAAGAAAGGCAAGCAUGAACGACAAGAACGAUUGAACGAGAAACUAUCACGAAAGAACCCCGAGCGCAUACAGAAACAGAUUGACGACCUCAAAAAAGUUACAUCGAGUGGUGGCAAGCUUACCCGCCAUGAGGAGCAAACAUUAGAAGGUCUUGAGAAAGAGAUUCGAGCAGUCCAGAAGGCGAGAGAAGCGUUGGGCGACAAGGCGCCCACUUUUAGUCGAGGAUGGAACAGAGAUCACGACUCAGGAUCUGGAGUUCUGGGCAAACGACGCAGAGGCUCCCACGAUGCUACCACGAGUGACGAAGAUGUUCCCGACGAUAUCAAGAGAAUCCCCAUGCCUCGAGAUACACCGCCUCCAAUUCCCAAAGACGUUAUGGAUAAAUGGUAUUCAGAGCGACGAGCGAAGAGAGCCGCAGAGAACGCGACAAGGCAAGACCAAGACAAACAUGAAAAGAAGGACGCGCCUGUCGUCGAAGCGAAGACUGUGUACGAAGCAAAACCUGUGGUUCGCGAUCUCAGAAAAGAAGCUGUUUCAGCAUUUGUGCCUACUGCAGUCAAGAUGAAGAUGAACAAAGGUCAAGGCCAAGGCGGGUUGAUGGAGCCAGAAGAGGCAGACCGGCUUGAGCAAGAAGGCUAUCUCAAAACGAAGGAUCGCAAUGCGGAAGCGCAACCCGAUCGUGGCCCACCAUCACGGCAUGUGACUAUGGAGGACGCAGACGAUGAAGAGGCUUGA